AUGAAUUCACUAUAUAAUCAUGGUUUGAAGCAAACCCAGACAAUAACAAAGGACCUUGCUCAAUUUGAGAAAAACUUGUCAACUUCUCCAUUGUCAUUACAAGGUGCUAUCACAACCUCAAUCACCGCAUUUAAAAAAACUAUAAAGGAAUACACUGAUUUGCUUGAUAAGAACCCUACAGAUUCAUCAUUUUCUAAACAUGAGGGCAGAAUUAACAAGUUCAAUCAAGAGUUGGAGAGCUUCACCUCCAAGUUUGAUGCCUUGAAAAAGCAAAGGGAAAUCUCUGUACAAGAAGCAGAUAGACAAGAGUUAUUAGGAAGGAGACAUAUUAAUUCAGCAGUAUCUCAACCAAGUGACAAUCCAUAUGACCCGAACCAACAGCAACAGCAACAGCAACAAACGAUAUCACAGAGAGAGGGGCUCUACAAUGAAAACCAAACUCUUGCGAGGGGCACAGAGCAACUUGAUCGAAUACUAGAAAUGGGGCAACAGGCUUUUGAAGAUAUUGUGGAGCAAAAUGAAACCUUGAGAAAAGUACAGGCCAAGUUUGAAGAGGGGCUAAUCGCUUUAGGAGUUAGUCAGGGUACAAUUAGAAGUGUGGAGCGCAGAGCCAAGCAAGAUAAGUUGUUAUUUUGGUUUUGUGUAGUGAUGAUGCUAGUUGUAUUUUACUAUAUAUUAAAGUUCUUCAGAUAA